GCCAGACAUAAACAGAGCUCCGGGCACUGCAAUUGCAUUCGGCUGGCACAGUUUCACGCGAUCGUUUGCCUCGUGAAGAGCGUUUAUUUGUAACGUCGCUUUUUAACAUUUGCGUGACAUUUAGCAUUUAGGUGUGCGAUUAAGCAGCGCUCGCCCCCAUUGUUAUAUUCGUUUUGUGUGUUUGAUUUUGUGAAUGUAUUAGGAAAAGAGGAAAAGCAAAGUUCACAACACAAAAUUCAAACAAAAAAUUGCACUGCGUUUAAGUUAUUGUUUACAAUCAAAAGUCGCAACUAGAAUGUUGCUGCACGGUUCCAGGAAAGUGGGCACCUAUGACACGGAGCCUGAAAGGAUUCGCCUACAAGUACAACAUAUUUCGCAAUGGUUAAGAGAGAACCCUAAUGUAAACGCCAACAAUGACUUUGAGAAUUUGUUGUUCUUUUUACGUAGUUGCAAAUAUGAUUUGGAUCGAACAAAGAAAAAAAUAAAAAAUUUCUAUCAAAUGCGUGCGGAGCGUGUAGAGUGGUUCGCCAACAGAGAUCCCUUUUUACCAGAAAUACAAGCACUACUCAAACUUGGUGUGUUUCUACCAGUCGAUGGCGUAGAUUCAAAAAAUCGUAAGGUGGUUGUAAUACGUGCGGCUGCACACGAUCCAAAACUCCAUUCCCAAAACAACGUUUUCAAGGUCAGUAAAAUGGUCUUGGACUUACUACUAAAAUUCGAGCCAGAUAAUUGUGGGCAAGGUAUUGUGGGUAUAUUUGAUAUGGCGGGCGUUCAGUUGGGCCAUGCACUCCAAUUGAAUCCUAGAAUGAUAAAGCAUUCUGUUGAAAGUUGGCAAGCUUAUCCAUGUCAACCAAAGCUUUUGGAGUUCAUAAAUGCGCCGACUCACGUGAAUAUCUUUCUGAACACUUUCAGAUUAUUUAUGACACCAAAAAUGCGCUCCCGUGUUGUUGUACAAAAGCGUCUAACUACAGUGGAGUGUGCUGGCUUACCGAAAGAUAUUGGAGGCAACGGGCCCAGUUACAGAGAACUUACUGCCAAAUGGAAACAACUCGUUGAGGAUAACGUGAACUUCUAUCAGGAAUAUGAUAAAUACAAAAGCAUACUGGCAACUUGAACCAAUUUCGCCAAACAUCGAGAGAAGUAAUUAAACAUAUCAUUCGCUCGCGUUCAUUCCUCCGAUAACAACUUGUGAUUUGUUUUAGUAUUGUAUAAGUAAAAUAAUAUUGAUUAGUAUUAAGAUUUCCAAAAACGGCAUUGUAAUGAAUAAUCAAAUUAAAUUAAUUAAUAUGUAGUUAAAUGCUAGUGUAUACAAGCGUUCAUACUAGAAGGCAAGAUAAAAUUAUAUUAGCCAUUGACCAUAUUAGAGAAUUUUUAUCAUUUAGAUUAAUGAGUUUAUUGUAGUUGGUGUCAUUUAUACACACGCAUACAAAUGUAGGUAUGUAUAUGGGUAGUAUUUAAUACAUGUUAAUUAAUAUAUAAGUAUGUAUAUAAUAUUUAGGCUUUUGGGUUACAUUGUUAAUAUAGAUAUUUUUAAAUAAAUGCUUACAUACUUAUACGUAUAUGUAAAUGUUAGGUAUGAAAAUAUACGAUAUUUCUUACAUUUUAUUAGUACAGCAAAUGCUUAUGUGAUAAUAUUUUCCAAAUGUAUGUCUCAAUUUUACAUAUCUCUACAUAAUAAUAACACACAACUGUAUCUAUAUAUUGUGGUAUACUAAUCUUAAUAUAAGAAUAAAAUGUGCUCCUGCAUGGACUACGUUGUUGUUGUUUUAGAGCAAAUACUAAACUAAUGUGCAUCCCAAGCUUUCACUACAUUAGUUAGAUACUUGGCCGAACUUAUCUUCUUACCAGUAGCCGUCACCGACCCACUCAGGUCCGGAUUUCUCUUAAUAAAUGUUGGAAGAUUUUAAAUAAUAUGUAUGUAUGUAUACACAUGUGUAUUUCCUGUAAAUAUAUGUUUGUAUUAUGUUUACAAUAAAGGAUUUGAAUUUAUAAUAGAUAUAGGUGUGCAGUUCAAAA